AUGCAACCUGACUGGACUGGAAUGUUCGGGACCGGUAGCGAUCCGUCCGGAGCGCUCAACUUCAGCGGGAAGGCCGUGCUGCACGCGCAGGGCGUCAACUUCAGCAAUGGCUCGUCUUUUUCCAUCAGUAUGUCGCAGCUACAGCUCGAGGACGAGCUCGGCAAGGGCGCGUACGGGACUGUUAAGAAGGUUCUGCAUAAGCCCACGAAUGUCGCGAUGGCCAUGAAGGAAAUUCGACUGGAGCUCGAUGAGUCGAAGCUAAACGCAAUAAUCAUGGAGCUUGAUAUUCUUCAUCGAGCCAUAUCUCCAGAGAUUAUUGAGUUUUACGGCGCAUUCUUCAUCGAAUCUUGCGUUUAUUACUGCAUGGAGUACAUGGACGCGGGCUCGCUUGACAAACUGCAAGGCGCGGGCGUGCCGGAGGAUGUUCUCGGGCGUAUUAGUGGGAGCAUGGUCCGAGGGCUAAAGUUCUUGAAGGAUGAAUUACAAAUAAUCCAUCGCGAUGUGAAGCCGACGAACGUGCUGGUGAACUCGAAAGGUGAAAUCAAGCUAUGUGACUUUGGUGUAUCUGGGCAGCUUGAGAAGUCGCUAGCGAAGACGAAUAUCGGGUGCCAGAGCUACAUGGCGCCGGAGCGGAUUAAAGGCGAGUCGCAGAAUAACGUCGGCACGUAUACCGUCUCCUCCGACGUCUGGUCGUUGGGCCUCUCGAUGAUCGAGAUGGCGAUAGGCCGGUAUCCGUACCCGCCGGAGACGUACGCCAACGUAUUCGCCCAGCUCACUGCCAUCGUGCACGGGGAUCCUCCCGAGCUUCCAGACACGUACUCGGAGGAUUGCAGAGACUUCGUCAAUCGGUGUUUGCACAAAGUGCCUGAGAUGCGGGCAACGUACGCGGAGUUGCUGGACCACCAGUUCAUGCGACAAGAUCGAGAUCGCCAGGUUGACAUGCCGAAAUGGGUUGUUGGCGCGCUAGACUAUCGCAAGCGGAAACAUGCAGAGGACCGCCAAAAGAAGCUACUGCUGCAGGACGGCAGCACCUCCGCCCCGCCAGGAACAUCGUAA